UAGAAAAACGGACGUGGUCAUGUGCUAGUUAUUUGACAAUCAGUCAGUUAGAAAAUAUGUAGUACCACUCAUAUCAAUAACAUGAGUGUGUAAUUAGAUAUUUCCAGAAGACUGAAAACAAGUGCUAUCAAAUGUUUACAAAUAUUUCUGAUCCAAGUUGUUAACAUUCACUUGAAUGCCACUUUCCAGCUUCUAGUUCUCAAAAGUUCAACCAAAAUUCUCACAUAGCGCAGGAUUGUUUAGGAGUGUACUUAUUACCUGUUCGAUAAACCGGAAAACAUCAUGUAAAAGUAAGGAAGUAUCAAAUUCAAAUUGCAAUCGAAAUGUAAGAUAUUACUUAUUCAGUACCAAACUAAAUCGAUAUCAUGUCAUACAUGCACAUGUGGAUCGGUAGGUGAGUGUAGGUGAUGGCCUAGACAAAGUCCUUUACUGAUGCCCACCACCAUAUGACAUUUAACAUCACAUUAGACGAGUAAAUGGAUAUUGUAUUAAGGUUAAUGAUUGGGAGGAGUACAACAUGAACGAGAAGCGAUAGUUACUUCCUUGACCAGCAGCGUGAGAAAGUGGCUUCCUUCAGAAAGCAAUUACAAAAAUUGCAACUGUCCAACAGUACCAGUGUGGUGAUGAAACAUCUAUGUUGCUUGCAGCAGACUGCAGUAUUGUGUUCUAGUUCGUAUGCAAUAGAUUGUGUAAAUCGUGAAUAUAUCGAUCGAUAUCUAUGAAUUUUUGAUACUCCUACAGUGCCUUUAUACCUUGUAUAACUAGUCCACAAAGCUACAGAUUCUAGAAAAUGAAGUAAUUGUCAGCCUAAUAUUUAAUACACCGAGGAUGAGUGUUGCAAAUCAAGUUGCAAUAGUCGACAGUAGUGAUAGCACCCAUGUACAAAUUACUCCCAUCCGCGACCGCAAAAACGUGAAGUUGGUUAGCAAAUCUGCAUCAUCUGAGGCCCCGCCGAUGAAUGAGUUGAAACUUGAAAGGAAUGGUAGUUUACCGGACGCUACGUUACCCGAAAGCUCUCUCAAAGUGAUAAUACCUAACUUCAUCGAACACGAACAACGCGCUAGUUCACCGUUUAGUAAAUUGAAUAACACUGCUGUAAGAACGAUACAAUCGAGUCCGUUGAACACAACUAGGCGUUACAGUCAGGAUUCAAACGUCCCAGCAAGAUCAAAUCGUUGCAAUGGCGAGAUAAAUCUACAUAACGAGCGGAAUCAUUUAUUAAUGCGACACAGCACGGAUAACAUUCAAGCUAUUAAUAACUUCGGCUGUAGCACUAGUGGUGAAGUGACCGGUAGUGGGAUGGGUCCUAAUUCGAAAUAUAACGAAAGCAACAUCGCCAGUGAUAAUGUCAAAAGCAAUAGUAAUUACAACAAAUUCAGCGUUAGCAGAACGAACAGCACAAAUACUACUACGGAACUAGAUACACAUGGUACAGUUUCGACGGCAUCGUUACACCAGUUGAACGACUGCAAUCACCACGUGGCUGAUAGCACUGCAAUUACUGUCAGUUACCAUGGCGGUGCGGUCGAGUCCGCGAACGAUAUGAAACAAUCGAAGUUCGAUGGUAUCAACGAAAAGUCUCUUUCGGGACUGGACGACAUUAUGGAAAGUCCGCUGCUAAAAACUCCAGUAGAGAAAUGGCUUGAAGACAGAGACAGAGCACUGGAGCAGAUGAAGAUCAACGACGAACAUAAUCGCAGUAAGAUAUUCGGCCCUAAAAUUACCAACAGCGAGAACAUCCCGGGUACACCAAUGGAUGCAUCCGAUAUUGUGUCAGAGAUCAACAAAAGUUUCACUUCAAGCACGAAUAGCAUAAUCAAUGAACGGCGUAGAUCCUCGACCAAACUGCUUACCGGAAACUCCCCGUUGAAAACGGUUUUUCGAAACGAAGGAGAUUCUCAGGGUCGAAACGGUAUAGGUGCUGCGACGAGUUUCCGAAACAAAAAAAGGAAAAGUUCGGAACAAUCAGAUAACACACGGCGACCUAGCCAACAGGACAAGGAGGGUCUCGAUUCUGAGUCGUUAAUGUUUCGUGAUGGAAGAAGAAAAAUAGAUAUGGUGCUAUGCUACGAGGAAGAAGAUCAGGGAGUAAUGACGGAACUUGAGGCUCUGAAACGACACCAGCGAAAAGUUUUUCAGGAGAACCUUGUCAAGGAAGGACUGGAAUAUGAAAUCGAACACAAAUCACAGGCUUUCGACGAGAAGACCUAUUUCGUAAAGAUACACAUACCGUGGCGAACGGAGUCUCGCUACUCGGAAGUGAUGAAUUUGAAGCUGCCAGUCAAGCGUUUUAUUACAAUUAGUGUAAAGGAAGAAGAAUCAACAUUUCGUAAACACCAGAACAAAAUUCUCGGUUAUUGGAGCAAAUUAAUAUCGAUGACUGAAUAUAACUACAGUCGAAUCGAAAAAGAACCAUCGUUCUACUCGGCAACGGCUAAUGGUAAUCCAGAGGAGCAGUUUAUCGUAAAAGAUCGCUGUACAACGUACAACAGUGCCCAACGCAGUAUGAUCGUAAUGCAAAUUCUGAUGAGAACACGCUUCGAUGAGACAGAAAAAGUAAGCAAUGUUGGAAUUCGGAGACUGCAGAACGAUGGAACGUAUUUAGCGUGCUUUCCAUUACACGAAGGUCGAUUCGAAAGAAACCACUCCUCCGGAGCUGUGUUCGACAGACGCUUAUUAUACCUGGAGUGGGCCAGACCAGUGAAAUGGUUCAAAAAACAACCACUGUGCCUGGUUCGCAAGUAUUUCGGUGAUAAAAUAGCACUUUAUUUUUGUUGGCUGGGAUUUUACACAAAAAUGUUAUACGCCCCGGCUAUUGUUGGGCUGCUUUGCUUUCUGUACGGACUGGCAUCGAUGGAUUCAAGUGAUAAUAUUCCAACGAAAGAAAUUUGCAACGCCACUGGACCAGGAAACGUAACGCUUUGCCCACUAUGUGACAAAGCUUGCAGCUAUCAAAAACUUUCUGACUCGUGCCUUUUUGCUAAACUGACGUACCUAUUUGACAAUCCAUCUACGGUAUUCUUUGCCAUAUUUAUGUCCUUUUGGGCUACAACCUUUUUAGAGAUGUGGAAACGUAAACAAUCGGUAUUAGUAUGGGAAUGGGACUUACAAAACAUUGAAAAUGAAGAGGAUAUGCGUCCGGAGUACGAAACGUCCGUCAAAACAUUCCGCACGAAUCCGGUAACACGGGAAAAAGAACCCUUUAUGCCGACCUGGGAUCGGGCUAUUCGAUUUGCAGCGACCUCCAGUGCAGUGCUAUUCAUGAUCUCAAUCGUUCUCGGAGCUGUCCUGGGAACUAUAAUUUACCGAAUAUCACUUGUAUCUGUGAUAUACAGUGGUGGUGGAGUAUUUUUCCGCAAACAUGCCAAACUUUUUACUACAAUGACUGCUGCCUUAAUCAAUCUUAUAAUUAUCAUGAUUCUAACACGAAUAUAUCACAAACUAGCUCUCAUUUUAACAAAUUUAGAAAAUCCACGAACGCAAACAGAAUACGAGGAUUCGUAUACAAUAAAAAUAUUCGUCUUUGAAUUUAUGAACUUCUACAGUUCGUUAAUCUACAUAGCCUUCUUCAAGGGCCGUUUCUACGACUACCCGGGAGAUGACGUUGCACGGAAGAGUGAAUUCUAUCGCUUGAAAGGGGAUAUUUGCGAUCCAGCUGGAUGUUUGAGCGAACUCUGCAUCCAGCUGGCGAUCAUCAUGGUUGGAAAGCAAUGCUGGAACAAUUUCAUGGAAUACUUUUUCCCGGCUUUUUAUAACUGGUGGCGCCAACGCAAGCAUAAACAGCUCACUAAAGAUGAAACUCAUCUCCACAUGGCAUGGGAGCAAGACUAUCAUCUACAGGACCCAGGCAAAUUAGCACUGUUCGAUGAGUAUCUUGAAAUGAUCGUUCAAUACGGGUUUGUAACACUUUUCGUGGCUGCUUUUCCACUGGCCCCUUUAUUUGCCCUUCUAAACAACAUUGCUGAGAUACGACUGGAUGCAUAUAAAAUGGUAACACAAUCAAGGAGACCUUUGGCGGAGCGAGUUGAAGACAUAGGUGCCUGGUACGGAAUUCUGAAAAUUAUAACUUACACGGCAGUUGUGUCUAAUGCAUUCGUGAUUGCCUAUACAAGUGAUUUUAUUCCCCGGAUGGUUUAUAAAUAUGUUUAUUCAUCCCACUUUUCACUACACGGUUAUAUCGAGCACUCGCUUUCAGUUUUCAAUACAUCCGACUACAGGGAAGAAUGGGGGACCAAAACUGAAUCCGAUCCAGAUACGUGCCUCUAUCGUGGCUACCGAAAUAGCCCCACGGACAGCGAACAGUACGGCUUAAGUCCUCAUUAUUGGCACGUAUUUGCAGCUCGUUUAGCAUUUGUAGUCAUCUUCGAGCACAUUGUGUUUGUUCUGACAGGGAUUAUGCAGUUCAUUAUUCCGGACAUACCGGUAGAGGUUAAAACGCAAAUCCAGCGGGAACAGAUGCUUGCCAAAGAAGCCAAAUACCAGCACGGACUGAAGAAAUCCCGUGAGACUGAUUACGAGGAAAUUCUACACGUUCUUAGGGAACAAAGUAAUAACAGUCGCCAAGGUGUACGAGGGAGCUGGGCACGAAGGUUGAGCCGUUUGAGCGACGGACUUGACGCUCACGUAGAAGUUUCAAACCGCCCUCGACAAUCACUAGAGUCAACGGUGUGGGAAGUCACCUAGCAGUAGUUAAAGAAAACAG